AUGCAUUUUAUUGUGGAGUGGUAUAAUGAGAUAAAUACUGGUAAUGAAGAAUAUUUUUUCCGGACUAGUGUUUCAUACGAGGACAAAGCUAGUGGUAAAAAUGAAUUUUUGGCAGGUGAUAAUUGGGACAAGAUAAUUCUAGAAGAAACGGAUGACCCAGGAAAAAUAAAAAAAGUUGGUGAGUUUGUUAAGCGAGCAAUAAUGGCCUUUUUUAGUAGUAGAGGAAGAGGAACGGAAAAAUUUAUGAAAGCCAGAGACAGGAUUCGCGUAUUUAAAGAAAAGGUUGAGGAAGCAACUGCCGCACCAGAAACAGUAAGGGAGUUAAUCAGAGAAAUAGAAAAACACUUUUUAGAUUUUUCUAGAAGUGAUAAUAUAAAUGGUGGUAUUUAUGAAAUAGUAAAAGUUGA